CGAGUGCAUGUGUUGGUUAAUGCGUUGGUCAUUGACGUACAUUCUUAUUCAAUAUUGUUGGGAUUACCCUGGGCGAUGGCAGUAGGCGCUCGAGUCCAUUUCGAUUCAAGACAACUCGUCCUCACUCAUACGGGAGGGAAACCCCAGACGCUCCCUCUCUGAAUCUCCACAUGAUCCCCGCGGAGAUAUCCCGAUGUUGAUCGGAUAGGAAUGAUCCGGAAUAUUGAGAAUUCCCCCUCGAACUCGGAUUACCUUGUACGGGAAGACGAGUUCGAUGAGCACGAGUAUGAGGAAGAGCUGAGCGCGAUGCCCAACCACGAAGAGUGGAAGCAGUUAGUCGAAAUGUUCGAUUGGGAGGCGAAAGAGGAAUUUCAGAGAGUCGCCGUGUUCAAAAGAAUCAAGGAAUUCGAAGCUAAUGGUUGGAUUGAGCCCGCUAUCGGACCAUGGUCGUUCCCAGUAGUGAUUGUGCCAAAGAAACCAGGAGGAAUUCGUGUCUGUAUUGAUUAUCGAAAACAGAACGAUAUCACAAUUAAAGAUGUGUAUCCUCUUCCCCGGAUUGAUGAAUUGUUGGAUGCUAUUGGUAGCGCUCGAUUCUUUAGCAAAUUUGAUAUUCGACAUGGAUUCCACCAUCUGCUAGUUCGAAAAGAAGAUCACCCGAAAACGGCGUUCAUUCUUUUCGAAGGAAGUUGGCAAUGGGUCAGAUGUCCGAUGGGGAUUUGCAAUGCCCCAGCCACGUUUCAGCGCGCGAUGAAUAUGGCCUUCCAGAAUUUCGGGCGAAAAACGCGGCUGGCGCAAAGCAUAAUCAACUAUUGUAUGAUUGUGUAUAUGGAUGAUAUCCUUGUGUUCUCUACUUCCUAUGAGGGACACGUGCAGCACAUUGAAUGGGCGGUACACACACUCAAGGACGCCGGCUUCAAGGUGGCGGUUGAAAAAUGCCAAUUUUUCCUCACGGAAAUCUCCUUCCUCGGCCACGUCGUCACGAGUCAAGGGUUGCAACCAGAUCCCCAGAAGGUGACAGCAGUGAAAGACGCACCCGUACCAACUUCCAUAACGCAGGUCCGCGCCUUUUUGGGUUUGGCAUCGUACUAUCGAAGGUUCGUCAAGGGAUUUGCAGCGAUCGCGGGACCACUCACGAAUCUACUGAAAAAGGAUCAACCGUUGAUGUGGACCCCGCAGUGCAAUCGGGCUUUCGGAGAACUCAAGGCGGCCCUGAUUUCGGCCCCAGUUCUCAUAAGGCCAGACCCAGGGAAACCCUUUGUUCUCAUAACCGAUUGGCAGUCGGAGGCGGUUUCCGCAAUCUUGGCUCAGGUGGGACCCGACGGUCUCGAACACGUGGUAGAAUACGCAUCUAAGACGGUGCCGACCUGCAAGCGCAACUACGCUGCCCCGACGGGAGAAUGCUACGCAGCCUUAUGGGGGAUCAGCCACUUCCGAGCAUAUCUGUACGGGCGAAAGUUUACCUUGGUAACCGAUCACGAACCGUUGUUGGUGCUGAAGAAAUCCACGGAUUACUCGGGAAUGAUCGGACGAUGGGCCACUAUUCUGCAGAGCAUGGACUUUGACAUCCGUCACCGGAAGCACGAGAGGCACGGGAAUGCUGACGGGCUGACAGGACUGCACCGACCCGAGAUGGUCCUCAAGAGCGAAGAAGUGAUUCCGUGGAACGAGCCGGAGGAGGAAAGCAGACCGCGAUACGGACAGGUGGAAAUUCUGUCAAAGGAGUGAGUGACACGUAGCCUCGCUCCGACCUCUCUGCAGCCCUGAUCACUCUCUCUCCCCCUUCUCUCAUAAUGGCUGCCCCACCUGUCUCAGCGACCCCUUCUUCCCCUGCUGAGUCCGGCCCUCUCGCCAGCUCGGCCUUCUUUGCCACCCUUCCCGACAGAUUCUGCUAUUUUUGCACGUGUAUUACACGGAUAUAUGGGGUGAACUGUCAUCCUUUUGAGACCGGAUUCGUGGAGUGGGUAAACUGUGCCACAUGUGUCAAUCGUGCACACGGUGCAUGUGUUCGAUAUCGAACAAGUAGUAGGGAAUGGAAAUGCCCUCUGUGUAGGACGGACAAACUACCUAUUGAGGUUCGAUUCGAGGCUGCCCGUACGGACGGCCAUGAAUACAACGAGAAAUACCGACGAGCGGAGGUCUGGACGGAUAAAAUCCUAUUGGCUAA